GAAUAAAAGAAGGAUGCCGCACAGCCACGGUUUACUUUAGCAGCAGAAAAGGAUCAGGAUAAUGAGGAGAACUCUACUGCUGCUGGCCUCUCUGGCCUUUGUUUCUCUCACUUCUGUGGCUGAUGGAGCUCCAUUGCAAGUGAUGUCUGCCCCAAACUUGUUGCGGGUGGGAACUGCAGAAAACAUCUUUGUGGAGUGUCAAGACUGCACUGGAGGAGACGUUAGGGUUGAAAUCAAUGUGAUGAACCAUCCAACCAAAACUAAAAGACUGGCAACAACAUCUGUGACCCUCAACAAUGCAAAUAACUUUCAGCAGCUUGGGAAAGUAACGAUCCCUGCAGGAGACUUCAGUAAAGAUCCCAACGCAAAGCAGUAUGUGUACCUACAGGCUCAGUUCCCCGACCGCCUCCUGGAGAAAGUCGUCAUGGUUUCCUUCCAGUCUGGUUACAUCUUCAUUCAGACAGACAAGACCCUUUAUACACCAAACAGCAAAGUUCAUUUCAGGAUGUUUGCACUGACACCCCAGAUGGAGCCUGUAGACAGGGAUGAAGCAGCCCAAACUGAUGCUUCCAUUGCCAUUGAGUUUGUGACACCUGAAGGCAUUGUUUUACCACUUGAUAUUGUCGCUCUAAAAUCAGGCAUUCAUUCUGGAGAUUUCCAGCUUGGUGAAAUUGUUAGUACUGGACUGUGGAAAGUGGUGGCAAAAUUCCAGAGCAACCCACAGCAAAUCUAUUCUGCAGAAUUUGAGGUCAAAGAGUAUGUUCUUCCCAGUUUUGAGGUGAAACUGACACCAUUAACACAGUUCUUCCACGUGAACAGCAGAGAUUUCACCGUCAGAAUCAAAGCUACGUAUCUGUUUGGUCAGGAGGUGGAUGGAACAGCCUAUGUGGUAUUUGGGGUCAUCAAAAAGGACCAAAGUAAGCAGAGUUUUCCAGACUCUCUUCAAAGAGUGCUGAUUGAAAAUGGUGAAGGAGAGGUGACACUGAGGAGGGAAGACAUAACAAAAGUUGAGAGGGACAUCAACAGCCUUGUAGGGGGCGCCAUAUUUGUAUCUGUCAGUGUGCUGACAGAAAGUGGUAGUGAAAUGGUGGAGGCCGAGCUUAGAGGUAUCCAGAUUGUUACAUCACCCUAUACGAUCCACUUUAAAAGAACUCCAAAAUAUUUCAAGCCAGGAAUGUCCUUCGAUGUUGUGGUAAAGCACUAAUUUACAUUUACAUAG